AUGGCUAGCCCGUUUAAUCCUUCUGCUGGCCGUGGCCACAGGGGAGGCGCGCCGGGCGUGCAGGGCUCAACGGGACGGGGAAGAGGUGGGAACACUGGACAUACGUCAACCUUUGUGUCUCGAGGGUCAGGUGCGCCUCGCGCAACGAGGGCUCGAGGGCGCGGACGAGGGGCACUGACAUGGACAGCUCGUGGCCGUGGUCGCGGGGCAGGCGCUGUAAGCCAGACCGGGAAUGGAUCUCAACAACCUACAGAGGGCCCCAGGCCGGGUAUCGUCAACUCCCCGUUUGUGCAAUCAAAUCAACAGAAACCUGUUGCAUCACCAUUUGGUGCUCAGCCCGCCCAGAAGUCUCCGUUUUCUAGAAUCUUAAGCAACAACACUUCGGCUGGGAACACCACCAAAAACCCAUUCGCUCAACCCACGAACACGAAACAAAAACCCUCGACAAAGUUUAUCGGCGGGGGAUCUAAUACUACCGCGAUUAUGGAGCAUGCAUCUACGCUGAACACCUACCAGGAACGCUUUGACAAACUGAAAAUCGAUCAAGUGAAACAACGCGAACGGGCGAUCAAGGAUGGCCAGAUGGCAGAUCCGAACCAGCCGACUUCUUUGAACCAAGCCAUCACACCCGUGGGUACCUGUACCGGCAUGUGCCCUGAUUUUGAGAGGGUGGAGCGGAUCGUACAGAAAGCGGUCGACAAGUGCGAAAAGUAUCAUAACCCGUCAACCAAUCAGCUGGAAAUCAUGGAAACCAAGAUGGUGAAACGCUUUCGGCGUGCAGCAGCUGGAAAUGACGAGCAGUUGCCCUCAGAUAUCCGGACACCAAAGACACUUUUGCAAACGAUGAACUAUCUCAUCCGUUAUGUUAUUAAUGGUGGUGAAUCGUUGGCCGUUAUCCACAUGUUUGUCUGGAAUCGAACCCGAUCAAUCCGAAACGACUUCUCGGUGCAGCAACUUACACACGAAGAAGAUGUGAAGACCGCAGUCAUUUGUUUAGAAAGAAUUGCGCGGUUCCAUAUCGUGUCUCUGCAUCUUCUUUCUAACCCGGCGAACACGGAGCAAUUCGAUCGUCACCAGGAGCGAGAGCAGCUCAACAACACUAUGCUCUCUCUUAUGUACUACUACGAUGAUAAUCGCGAGCGUAUUCACUUCCCCAAUGAAGACGAGUUCCGCGCCUACCACAUCUUGUUCUCUAUCCAUGACCAGCGGCCUGACCUGGAAGCCCGUGUCCAGAAAUGGCCAGCUGCCUUACUCGCUUCACCUCGAGUGCAGGUGGCAUUGGAACUCUUUGCCGCUGCCUGUAAUACAUGGGAGCCUCAAGGUGCGCUGGAUUCUCGACGACCAAAUGCAAUUGCUCAAGGAUUCUACACUCGCUUCUUCAACAUCAUCAAUUCCCCGAGUGUGUCGUACCUGAUGGCCUGCGUGGCUGAGGUGUACUUCAAUCACAUUCGUCAAACAGCAAUCCGUGCCAUCUGGAAAGCUUACUGUCGGACUCCGCUGUCACAGCAAUCCAAAAAUGAUCAUUGGACUGUGGAAGAAUUAACCAAGGUGUUGCACUUUGAUUAUGAUGAGCAGACAAUUGAAUACUGUAAUGCACAGAGCUUACAGUUUGUGGAGAACGCGAGUGGUGGACUCUAUCUUGAUUGGGGCGAUCGACCAGUAGACUCUGUUGAUUUUGCACCUUCAUCUGACCACUCUUUCUCUGAGACCUACGUGGAGUCAAAGCGCGCAGGACGUAGUCUCGUUGCGAUAAUUCUCGGCAUGAACAUCAGCGAAGCCGCAAGAAUGGGCAUGGUUGAUCGCUCCCAAAUACCUCAAAAGAGUGAAACCAUGCCUGAGGCUGAAGAUGGAGAUCUCUUCGUGAGUGAUGUUGAUAAUCAGACACCCGCACCUGUGGUUGAAAUACACAACAACCUUCUUCAGGACACGUCUGCUUCUGAAUUCCGGAUCGCUUCUGAAUCUCAGAAAUCUUUACAAUCUAUUCCUGCAAGUUCGCCUUCCAUGUUACAGCCAAACCAACCACCCGACGCCCCAAAGCCGCCAAAUCCUUUCGCAGCAGCCUUUCAGCCAUCUAAAAUGCCGUCUCCCUCAAAUCCAUUCCCAGCUUCAAUCCCCCCGGCCUCUGUUACGCCAGCAGCGCCGUCUCCUUUCACUUCUUCGUCAAAUCCAUUCUUGUCCACAAAAGAACCCGAGCCAAGCAAAAAGGCCGAUGCCUCUGCGCUGACCACUAAUAUGACACCCUCGCCCUUCCAGACAAAAUCCCCUACUUCUCAGCCUGACACCGCCGAAAAGUCAGCUGUUUCGUCUAUCGGCCCUGCUGGGUCCUCGCCGUCCGCUUUCGCCUCUACGUCUUCCUCUUCCAUAUUCUCAAAGCCGGCGUACGCAAAACCCAAUAUGGAGACAGCCGUAACAGCUCCUCCAGCAUCUGUGUUUUCAACCCCCAGUUUCUUCCCUCCUGCAUCGUCGACUGCAGACAAAUCCGCCUCUGUGUUCCCAAAUAGCCCUUUCACUGCGCCAUCUCCAUUCUCCUUCUCUAAGCCACCAGAGCCAAUCCAGAAGACAGAGACAUCGGCGUCGGUUUCCACCGCACCAUCUAUACUCUUCAAGCCCAGCAGCUUGCCUCCUGCAUCGUUGACUGAACCUAAGAACCCAUUCGCGCCUUCGGCAUUCUCUGGUGCUAACCCCUUCGGUCCUACAUCUAUGUUCCCAAAGGCAAGCACUGAGAUAGAAAAACCUGCUGUCGAUACCCCUAUCCAGCCUACCGCGUCCAAAAGUGACGCCAAAUCCACGCAACUAUCGAUUGCAUUAAACAAUCCUUUCGCGCUUCCGAACGCUCCAUCAUCUGUUCCAGCUGUGGGCCUGGGAAGCACUGUUACCUCUGCUACUCCAUCUCCAUUCCAAGCUAUCAAAGGCAAGGAACCUGCAACUACGUCAAGUUUCGGGCAGCCCUUCUGGCCAUUUUCGGUGAACAAUGCUAGUACCAUUUCGGAGUCUUCGAGCGCGGCUGCAAGCCAGUUUCCAGCUACUGGCUCAAUCUCUGCAGUUCCCAAGGUAUCGCAGCCAAGUCAGAAAGCAGACAUCCCAGCAACUACUGCGCCCACCCCCGAGAAUCCACCGUCGGGUAGUCUCCAAUUACCCAAGCCGAGUGAGACUUCGAUAUUCAGUCACUCCGUUCCUGCACAGGCCCACGCACCUGGCUCACAUCCUAUCAACGGCUCCGCUUCAGUUUCAGGUACGCGUCGAUCUGUCUCGCACACUCAAGCGACUGCCUCUUCAUCUCCCCGAACUCUCUUUGAAGCACUGCGGCAGCCUAAAAUAUUUGAUACCACAUCGAAUGCAUACUCGCCUAAAAUGGCAAUUACCCAGCCGCCAAAGCCCUUGUUCCAAAGCUCAGAAUCCUCAGGGGUAUCAGGACAGCAGGGAUCAUUGAAACGACAGCAUGAGUCCACUGAUGCAAAUGCAUACAAUCAGCACAAGAGGCGUUCAUCGCUGAAAGGAAAAUCUCCUGCUGCAGCGCCUGAUGGAUCAUUCAAACGGUCUGUGCACUUUGAAGAGGCAGACCAAAAAGAAAAACCUCUGACCCAGGAAUCGCAAGUGUCUUCGGUGGACAAGAAGGCUAAAGUCCCCAAACAGAAGCGAGAGCUGGAUGAUCAGACUGAGCCCCAGCCAGAGGAACAAGGCCCGAGUACUAAGGUGCCCAAGCUUUCUACAGGGGACGAAUAUGUCCCUUUCAAUUUCUCCGUCUACAAAGCCGAAAACCGCCCCAUGCCCAAGCUCCCGAUCUUGGAAAAGCUGGAACAAAAGCUUGCACAAGCCCAGGCCUUGUGCGAGCCGAGGCCUCUGACCGAAGAACAACUAAAGUACAUCGAGGAAGCUCGACUGAAACGGGCUCGCCAAGUCGAUGAGGACGAGAUUGCCCUAUCCCGAGCACGGAUAUUGGCCGAGAAGUUGAGAACCGGCCCUGGCAUUUUCGACGGUUGGACUGGAAGAAUCCGAGAGCCAUGGCAUGAGCCAGACUGGAACCCCAUUGCCCGGAUCCUGGAAAAGUAUCACGCCCGAAACAUUCCCCAGCCAACUUCUUAUUCACCACCCCGUCUGACACUUAAUCGCACCCCCAGUGGAUACGAGGUCGCUUACGCUCCUGAUACCCCGGACCGACCUAUGUCCCGCACUGAACAACGUAUCCGACGCACUGGCGCCCGUGGACUUGCACAUUUGCCCCUGGAUUUCGAACGUUAUAAGCGAGAGAAAGAGGAGAUGGCUAAGAGCAAGAACGGAAAGAAGGAGAAUAACGAGAAAGAGAAGGAGGAUGAGGAAGAUAAACACGUGUCUUCCUAG